GUUUUUGUUUUUUGGGGUUUUUUUUCUUUUGUUUUUUUUUUUUACCUCGGAGGGAAAACCCUAAUGGAGUUUUUGGCGUUUUUUGGAAGGCAAAACGCUAAAAUAAUGCAGCAGCGGGAAAGGAUCCGAGUCUCACGAGUCUUCCCCUUGGAGUAACAGCCAAUGGACGCCACGCAGAGAGCCUCACCCCCCUCGCCAACUGCUAUGGAGGCACGCCAAGCCACGCCGGUGACCUUUAUCGCACCAUGAAUGCAAGCUCUGCCGCUCUAAGAGGACACAAGUAACCUUUUCUUGUUAUCUAAGAAGGAGCUGUUGAUCUGAAGAGAGAGGAGGGGGGAGGCGGGGCAAGAGGUGGAGAGAGGAGGAGGAGAAGAAGAAGAAGAAGAAGAAGAAGAAGAGUCCAGUAAAACAAACAGUCAAACAAGCAAAAAAAUAAAAAAUAAAAUAAAACAGGCAGCGACAGGAUGCCAAAGAGGUCCGAGGAGAUGCUGGUGGAUCUGUGGAUGUCCUUGCUGCUGGUGUGGAUUACUUGCGUCCCCUCCGUUUCCACGACCCCCGUUGGGGGCCAAUCCAGAACAGCACAAACCGGAGGGUCGGCGGCGGCGGCGAGCGGUCUUGGCGAAGGACAAAGAUUACUGAGCCGUGCCAAGAGAGGAUGGGUUUGGAAUCAAAUGUUUGUGCUGGAGGAAUUCUCUGGACGGGAUCCAAUCCUGGUUGGCAGGCUACACACAGACUUGGAUGUGGGCAACAAGAACAUCAAAUAUGUCCUGGCAGGCGAGGGGGCAGGCACCAUCUUUGCCAUCAACGAGUUAACAGGUGAUAUCCACGCCAUGAAGAGGCUGGACCGCGAGGAGAAAGCGGAGUACACGCUAACAGCCCAGGUCAUUAACGCCGACACAGACGAGCCUUUGGAGCCACCGUCCGAGUUCAUCAUCAAAGUCCAGGACAUAAACGACAAUCCGCCACAGUUCAUCGAAGGACCGUAUCGCGCGUCUGUUCCCGAAAUGUCUGCUGUUGGUACCCCCGUUACCAGGGUAACAGCCACGGAUGCCGAUGAUCCGGUGUAUGGGAACAGCGCUAAGCUGGUCUACAGCAUUCUGGACGGACAGCCGUACUUCUCCGUGGACCCAAACUCUGCCACCAUAAAAAUCGCUCUCCAUGGGAUGGAUCGGGAGGUGAAAGAGGAGUACUUUGUGGUCAUCCAGGCUAAAGACAUGGGGGGUCAUAUGGGCGGCUUGUCUGGGACGACCACAGUGACCAUCAUGCUUACGGACAUCAACGACAAUCCACCCAAGUUCUCCAAAAGCUUGUACGAGUUUGGGAUCCCUGAGGACCUUCCAAUAGGGAAGACAGGCGGCAAGGUGAAGGCGACCGAUCGAGACAUCGGUGAGAACGCAAAGUCAACGUACAACAUCAUAGAGGGAGAUGACCUUGGUACGUUCGAGAUCAUCACCGACGCACAAACACAAGACGGGAUUCUUAGACUAAGAAAGCCUCUGGACUACGAGAGCAAGAAAGCCUACACACUGAAGGUGGAGGCGACCAACGUCCGCUCGGAGCCCGGCAGCGGCGGGCCCUUCAAGGACACGGCCACGGUCAAGAUAGUAGUGGAGGACGCCGACGAGCCUCCGGUCUUCUCCAAGCCCAUGUACCUACUGGAAGUGAAGGAGAACGCCCCCGUCGCCACGGUGAUCGGGAGGGUAGCCGCCAGGGAUCCGGACUCCUCCGGGAGCCUCGUCAGGUACUUCAUCGAUCGGCACACGGAUCUGGAGAGGCAGUUCAACAUCAACGUGGACGACGGGAACAUCACGCUGGCCAAGCCGCUGGACCGGGAGACGGACAUGUGGCACAACAUCACAGUAACCGCUACAGAAGUCAGAAACCACAGUCAGAUAUCAAGAGCAAUUGUGGCCAUCAGAGUAAUGGACAUUAACGACAAUGCCCCUGAGUUUGCCACUGAAUACGAGGCCUAUCUGUGCGAAAAUGGGAAACCUGGACAGGUGAUUCACACCGUCAGCGCCGUAGACAAAGACGACCCGAGCCAGGGUCACAGAUUCGACUACCGCCUGGUCCAAGAGAUGCAGAGCAACCCCAACUUCACCAUCAAACACAACCAAGACAACUCGAUCAGUGUUGUCGCUAAGCACGAUAGCUUCCGGCGACAGAAGCAGGAGAUCUACUUCCUGCCAAUUGUUGUGUCGGACCAAGGCCAUCCGCCGAUGAGCAGCACCAACACCCUGACCAUCCGGGUCUGUGGGUGCAGCAGAGAUUUAGUAGUCCAGUCCUGCAACGUGGAGGCCUACGUCCUCCCCAUCGGUCUCAGUAUGGGGGCGCUCAUCGCCAUCUUGGCUUGCAUCAUACUUUUGCUAGUAAUAGUAGUACUAUUUGUGACCUUGAGGAGACAUAAGAACGAGCCCCUGAUCAUCAAGGAUGACGAAGACGUGAGGGAGAACAUCAUCCGCUAUGACGACGAAGGCGGUGGCGAGGAGGACACUGAGGCGUUUGACAUCGCCACGCUGCAGAAUCCUGAUGGCAUCAACGGCUACCUGCCGCGCAAGGACAUCAAGCCGGACCUGCAGUUCAUGCCCCGGGCGGGGCAGCACUCUGGCCCGAACGGCGUAGACGUGGACGAGUUCAUCAACGUGCGUCUUCACGAAGCUGACAACGACCCGACAGCUCCACCGUACGACUCCAUCCAGAUCUACGGGUACGAGGGCCGGGGUUCGGUCGCCGGCUCCCUCAGCUCGCUGGAGACGGCGUCGUCGGACUCGGACCAGAACUAUGACUAUCUCAGAGAGUGGGGCCCGCGCUUCAGAAGACUUGGGGAGCUCUACUCUGUGGGCGAAAGCGACCGCGAAACCUGACCUUUGGUCUGUUAGGGAAGAAAAGGAAAGAAAAAAAAAAGACCUUUCUAAGUUUUUCUUUUUUUCUUCUUUUUUUUGCUUUCAACAUAUUUGUGUAUUAAACACUAGGGUUUGCUGGCUCAUAGAAACGUGUUUCAAAAUAAAAAUAAAAAACAAAACAACAAAAAAAACAUUAAUAACAAAGAGCGACCACUUUUUGUAUUCUUUUUAGAGUGAGGUUUAGCAGUUGUCAUCCACUAUGUCAAGCGCAAUGUACUUGUCGAGCCAAACAAUGUCUUUAUUAGGAGAUUCUUGUGGAGUGUACCUUAGAUUCAGUGUGGAGUGUCUAGCAGUACUUCGGGUGUUUGUCAUUUGCUGUGACUGCAGGUAGCAGACAAAACCCUGGCAUUUCUGGUAGUUACCAAACCGACGGUUGGUUCCGCGAAGAUCGACCGGUCACCGUUACACCGAGCUGGACUACAGAAGCUGCAGUGGGACCAUCUGGGUCUCCCAAAGGCCCCCUAGAGGAGAGAUGAAGGGGCUGAAAAAUGAAAAAGCAAUACCUGGUCUACAUAACAAUGAUGAAUGUAUGUAAGGUUUGGAAAUCAAGCAAAAGGACUAACCAAGGAUUGGCUUUAAGGUGAAAUUGUCAUAAUUUGAUAUGUUCUCCGGUGACUUACAUUUCUAGACUAUCCGAAAGCCCCGGGAGGCUCGCUUUAUACAACUCUUUGUAUUUACAUGCUACAGGUGUGGGUCGCAAGUGUUACUAGCCUAUAAAAUACUGACAUAAAGACAAAAAACAGAAAUGUAGAAACUUUUGAGGCCUUCUUUUUACAGAAGCAACAUUAAAUACAAUUGUAAUCUACUGUUUUUUGACAACAGACGUGUUGAUUCUUCAUUCCUGUUCUAUCGGUUUUUGUAUAUCUGUUCUUAAGUCUUCAUUUCUCCCCUUCUUCCCCCUGUGCGAUUUGAAAUGAGUGUGUUUAGAUGAUUUCUCAUUCAUUUUUUUGUUUUUGCGAAACACUUGAUCACAGUUUAAUAGCAGCCAAAUCAUAUCAUGAAUUCUUGCAGGUGAUGAUUAGGCAUUGGCUUUUUAACAAACGUACGCCGAGGUUCUGUGGCUUAAAAGUCUAUUGGAUCUGAAGGUUUUAUUUGACUGUGCAGUAAUUCAGUGCUGUCCUUCUCCCACAUUUCAAUACGCACUCCUGGCUGAAAGACCUUUGUCUCCUUUGACACAUUGAACACAUCAAUGUUUUUCCUCUGUACUUUUGUUUCUGGUAGGACUACUUAAGUGAAAUUCAGACCAGAUGUCAGUAACAACCCAAGACGUCCACAUGGAUCCACAUGGAUUAAUUAGUUAACAAAUUAAUCCAUGAAUUAAAUUGUAUAAUAGCACAAAAUUGUACAGAAGAGAAAUUAACCAUGAAAAAGCUGCAAAAAGACACAAAUCCAGGAAGUCGGAUCAAAUCUGUUAGUAUUUAAUAACAAAUUGAUGUGAACUGGUUGUUGUGCAAAUUUAUGUAUUUUCUGAAGGUCUCCUACUGCCCUGUUACCAAAGAUCAAAAUGG